AUGGCACUCAGCGGCUUCCUUCCCAAGUCACUGCUCAGAUGCUCAGCUGCCAACUACGCCGUUAAAGUGACUCCGCCAAACGCAAUAAAACACCUCAGCACAGCGAAAAUCCCAGAAAGCUUAAAAGCGUUGUACGAGAAAAAAGUCGAACAAAUGGAAUUGCGAAGGAAGAAGUUGGAGGAGAAGAAAAAAAAAAUGGAUAAGGUUCAAAUUUCGAAGGAACGAAAAAAUAAAUUCAAGUCUUCCAAGGGGCAGCACAACGUAUUUUAA